AUGUUGGUAUUGUUCGGACUGGUGUGUCUGAUGGCUGUGGCCCUGGGAGCGCGCCUGAGUGCAGAGGAGGAAGACCUCUUCCCUGCUGAAUCUGCCCAUCGAGGGGGCUAUGGGGGCUAUGGUGGCUAUGGGGGCUACGGCGGCUAUGGGGGUUAUGGAGGCUACGGAGGAGGCCACGGAGGCUACGGCGGACAUGGAGGCUACGGCGGCCACCACCACCACCACCAUCACCAUCGUCCCCAUUUCUUCGGCUGAACUGCUCGGCCUUACUCUCGUCGCCUCGGUCCUUUGACAUUUCGCGUUUCCGUGCCGGAAGAAGGUCACUCCGCUCGUCCACUAACGACACUAGCCAAAGAAUUUUGGCUGCCAAAAUGACACUUUUACACGAAAUAAAUGCCUGAAAGCAUUUCGCA